AUGUAUGUGACCCCGCAGUAUCCGGAGUAUGACGAAUGGGACAGUAAGCUGUAUUUUGUAUUACUUUUCCAAACAAAAACAGAUAUGUUCACUUGGAUAUUAGUUUAGAUACUUGGAACUAAUUUAUAACUGAUUUGUUUGCUGACUGUCUUAAGAAGCCAUAUUGCUUGUUUCGUAGAAAGAUACGUCGUAAAAGCGAAUUACGGAAUAUACAAGUUCUGCGGAAUUAAACAGGUGUCGACGUUUACGGAUUAUGACUGUAUCAACUUUUUAAUGCGGAACCCAUUCACCGAGGAGGAGGAGAAGAACCCUGAGAAACUCCGCUUCAUCUUCACGUACGUCACACCAGAUGAAUGAUGGAUGCUUGUCGCCUUAUCCGUUAUCACUAACUAGAGUUGAGGUCUAUUUUAACUAUUUUAUUGUGCUAGAUCUGGUCCUGCUGACUGAGAUAGAAUGCGUUAGAAAAAAACUACUUUAAUGAGGCCCAUAAGAAUCUGCUCAGAAGUGUGCGGAAUUUCAUAAUACCAGAAGCCAGAGGGCAAAUUACCGGAUUCCUUAGACCCUGAUAAACGGGCAGCAGAUAUCUCAAGCAAAUAAGUUGGGUAAAAAAAUUAAAAAUUCGAGCUCAAAUGAUCGGGUGUUUCAAAAAAACGACUGCCUAUAUGGUUUUGUAACAAGACGUUUAACAUGUCCCAAUACUGCUUUGUACUCGUUAACUAGCACAUUCAAAGGCCACAGAUAGUUGCACUUUAGUCGUCGUUUAAUUAGUGGCGCUACUGGGGAGAUGGUAGUAGCAAUACUUAUAUUAUUAGCAGACACUUUGAUUGCGGUAUUGGCUGUAAUAGUAGUAGUAGUUGUAGUAGUAGAAGUAGAAGUAGUAGCGGUAAUGGCUGUGAUAUUAGUUGUAGUAGGCGUAACAUUAUUUUGGCAAUGAUGGAAACAGUUGAGUCUGUGGCAGAGGUAUUUGGAAUGCUCUAAACUCAGACUGUUUCUCUCACUUUUCUCUCAGAUUCUGCUAUCCAGAAGGGAAUCAUUGA